AAAAUUUCAAGGUAAAGACUAGAUUAGUUUAGUUCACUCUUCGACAUGGUACGAAUCGCUCUGCUUGCUGUUUGUCUCACAUUUCUAACUGCUUCUGAUGCUGGACCACUCGACUGGAUUGGUUCCAACAGCUGUGGAAAUGAGAAGAUUCACAACUAUCAAUUUGGACAAAGGACACCUUAUCAACGCCUUUUGUACGUGGACCAUCCGAAAUACGAAUCGAAAUUAAUGAGAGUGAGAAGUGAAGAGCUGACUUACCCAGUGAAAGGACAAUUAUCAGGUGGAAUGAUCGGCUAUAUCGAAGUCUUAGAUAUGAAGAGUAACGGAAAUGGGGGAUGUGUUUACAUCAAGAACGGGGGUGUUGGAAGUACGUUCGUAACGCUUAAAUUGAAGUCUCAACGUAAUCAUGGAAUGGAAUUCAUGAUCAGGAUAUAUGGAAACUAAAUGUUGUUUCAUGACAUAAACAUUUGUAAAUAUAUAUUUUCUGUAUAAAUGAGAAUUUUUAUUUAACAACAUGUUCACUGAAAAGUUUAGCUUUUGAAAGUUUAGUAAUGAUCAAGAAUAUGAAUAAGUAAGAUAACCUAAUUAUAUAUGUAUGUAUGUAUGUAAUAUUGAUAUAACAUACAAUAGAUUGGUAUAUACAUUGAUGUAUGUAUGUAAUAUUGAUAUAUACAUACAUAUAUAUAUAUGUAUAUAUGUAAUUAUAUAUGUAUGUAAUAUUGACCUGCUUAAAAAUAUACAUUUUUUUUCAACAUCAAUUUAUUAUUUUUAGGAACAUUUCAAAAAACCCUUUUUUAC